AUAUUGCAGAAGGGCAGAUUGCAGACAAGAUCGGUUUUGCGCUGCAAGUGUGCAUGCCUCUCUCUCUCUCUCUCGCACAUCACGCCGCCAUAUAUAGGUUUGAUUUGUCUUGCAAUGGAGGCCAACAUUAAAUGAGAAGGUAUAUCGAGUGAUAUCCAAAUCCAAUUUCCAUUAUUACGCUGAUUUUACAUCUUACUAAGGGAGACAAACUCUCUCUCUACGGCCUCAUCGACACCGCCUCUUCGCUUCCCACCAAGCUAAACUCCCCAGUCUCUCCGUGCUUCGCUUUUCCGCUUUCACUUCUGGGUUCUGUUGACCUUAUUCUCAGUUCUUCGGCACUCUUUAGCCGCAAGAGGGGAAAUUGUUUGCUUCUGCAGGAUUUGUAUUUAUAAGCAUCUUUCAAAUUCUCUGGAGAUCAAUUUCGUCCUUUGCCUUGUAAGUCGUCUUCUUCUUUUUCUCUGUAUCAUGUGCCAGAAUCCACCUCUUUCAAUGGCUUCCCCAGGGCUAAAAUCUAACCCUUGCUCCAAACGUUUGAACCCCCACGCCACACCUUUUAUCAAACCAUUAUCGCCAACAAAGAUUGAGCUCGUGCUACCGUUGAAGCACUUUCUUCUUCAUAACCAUUCACAAGCCGCGGCUCAGCCUAUGCCUUUGGUUGCUCAUGGUGGGAUUUGCUCCCCAGACUGUGUGCCCACGCCAGCUUGGGAAUACUCAGCACCAGCAACAAUGGUGUACUAUAACUCAAAUAAGCAGCCCUUCGUAGCGAACACGAUGCCGUUCUAUGCUGGGCAUGUGGACAGAUCGGUUAGCUACAACACAAAUGCGCAGCCAGUAGCGGCUAACCCGAGCUCAUACUACUCUAUCAUUGAGCAUCAGAAGGGAUUUGCUGACGCGAUAAUGGAAGAGACGGUUAAGGGUAUGCGCGAUUUUGGGUUUUUUGGCUGUGGAGAGAAGAGAGCAGAAAAUAGGUAUUCGCCCAGGCAUUUAGCAUCGAGGAUGAGUUCAAAGAAAAGAGAUAGUAGGGACUUUUGUGCGGAGAGAUUAUGGGUACCAAAGAAGCCCUCAUUGGACAAUAAGAGUGGCGGUGCUGGCAUCGGAAGCAAGUUAGAUGAGAAGGUUGAUGGUGGUGAUGGAGUUCUAUCUUCUUCUUUAUCUGAUAAUGAAAUUGAACUUGAUGGAAAAACCAGUUUAAUGAUCAGAAAUAUUCCAAACCAGCUUGGAAGGCACGAUCUGCUGCGCAUACUGGACAAGCAUUGCCUGGAAGAAAACAGAAAGGCCAAGUUGCAGUCUGACCCUUUGAAGUCUGAGUACGAUUUCCUUUAUUUGCCUAUGGACUUCAGGAAUCGAGCGAACUACGGCUAUGCAUUUGUGAAUUUCACAAGCGUAGUUGCAGCUUCGAGGUUUUGCAAGUCUUUCCACAAGUAUAAAUGGGAAGUUUCUGUCAACAAGAAAACAUGUGAAAUCUCCUGUGCAGUAAUACAGGGCAAAGAAGCCCUCAAGAACCAAUUCAAGAACUCCAUAUUCCAUUGUCACACAAAUGGUUAUUUGCCAGUGGUUCUUUCUCCUCCACGCGACGGUUUGGUUCGCUCUAAACCUAUUCUUGUUGGUAGGCGUGGGGUUGGGGCAUUGCCGCCGAUAAGAGCUGACGGCCAACCAAAAGAAGCAUUGAAUAAAUAAACCUCCUCCUAGGCCUCUUUCAACACCUCCCGUCGUAUCGGCCCUCCCCGCCGUUCUUCCUUUUCUUUCUCACUAUUCUCUCUCCCCCCUCUCAACAUACAUAUGUUGUGUCAUUGUCCCAGAUAAGUAUCUGUUAGCUAACUACAGGCUAAGGAUCAUUUGUGCAGAGUAGUCGGUUAGGAAUGACCUGUGUUUGCGUUCUCCCCAGAUAGGUGAUGGAGUCUGAGUUAGGGGGUGCUACAUAGCCCAUAUUCUGGGUUGAAAUGGAUACAUGGGUUUUCUCCAUAGGAGGGGUUUGUGUGCUUUAGUCGCUCUGCCUUUUGUGUUUGAGAAUCCUGUGUUUUCAUUCUCUCCCUAGUUGUGAGCACAAAUUUGGUGCCAAAAUCUGGGUGAAUUGGAAACACUAGAUUGGCGUUUUGUGCUUGUCUUGUCGAAGGGAUAGCUCUACUAAAAACACCAUCUUAUUUGGAUGCUUCAAACUUGUACCUAUUAAAUGUUGUGAGAUAUAUGAUGGAAUGGUAUCUAAA